CUUAAAUUCUUGUCUGAUCAGCUCACGUGCAUUGACUAUAUUUACAGGUGGUACGUAGAAUUAGUCUACAAACACUAUUACUGGUCUACAAAACAUCAAAUUCGCCGUGACUUUCUUCAAUGCAAACACAGUGGACGACUCAACGCGUAAUUUCGUAAGGAAUGCUGGACUUCCUCAUAAUCAUACAUUUCGAAACGUGCAUGUAGUAGUAUUUAAAAAAUGAGCAUCAACCAACACAAUGAUUCACCGAAUUAACUGAGUUGUUUUCUUUCUUUAUUUCUCUCAACCACAAAUAUAACCUUAUGGGAAACAUCGUCUUCCUCCUCCCUUCUAUGGUAUUUGUGGUGUUGUUGCACAACUCUGUGGCUGCUUUGUCAGCAGAAUCGCCCACCACCACCACUGACCAAUUGGCUCUUCUUGCACUAAAAGCCCAUGUCACUCAUGACCCUCAAAACCUGUUGGCAACCAAUUGGACUAACGCUACCUCUGUUUGCAACUGGAUUGGCGUCACUUGCGGAUCCAACCAUCAAAGAGUCACCACUCUUGAUCUUUCUAAUAUGAGUCUUGUAGGCACCGUCCCACCUCACUUGGCAAAUCUAUCUUUUCUUUCUCAACUUAACAUCCGAUUUAAUCAUUUUCAUGGCUCAUUGCCCAUGGAGUUGGCUAAUCUGUCUUCAUUGAAAUAUAUAAACUUUGGUUACAACAACUUCCAAGGGGAAAUCCCAUCAUGGUUUGCUUCCUUCACUCAACUUCAGAGCUUGUUUCUGUACCAUAACAACUUCUCUGGUGUUAUCCCGUCUUCUUUGGGCUCUUUAUUAAAUCUUGAGAAGUUGAUGUUGUAUGACAAUGAUCUAGAGGGGCAUAUUCCGACAGCAAUCAAAAAUCUUUCGAACUUGAAAUGGUUGUAUUUGGACAAUAAUAAGCUUUCAGGUCAACUUCCAUCGACUCUAUUUGAUCACCUUCCCAAGUUACAACAUCUGGUUUUGGAAGUCAACCUUUUAUUCGGUAGAAUUCCAACUAGUUUAUUCAAGUGCCAGGAGUUACAAGUUUUAAGUCUAUCUGUCAAUGCCUUGGAGGGAAGUGUGCCUCAAGAAAUCGGGAAUUUGACUAAAUUAAGCGAGUUGUAUCUCUACAGUAACAACCUAACAGGUGAAAUUCCAUCAAUAAUCGGAAGCUUGCCAUUUCUUGAGUAUCUUGAUUUGAGUGACAACAACUUGACAGGUCGACUUCCAGCUCUACAAUCUUCAUUGCGCGGCUUAGGCGUUUCGCACAACAAUUUAAUUGGAGAAAUCCCUUUAUCAAUUUGCAAUAUGAGUUCAUUGCUAGAUUAUUUCAUUUUGUCAACGAAUAAUUUUCAUGGAAUUAUUCCAAAAUGUCUUGGAAACUUAAGCAACUCUAUUGCAAACAUGGAUAUAAGCAUGAAUAAUUUUCACGGUAAAAUACCUGGAAAUUUUCAUAAAGGUUGUCUGUUAAGAAGUUUUAGCAUCCGUUACAACCAACUAGAAGGGUCAUUGCCACGCUCUUUGGUUAAUUGCUCGGAAUUGGAAAUAUUAGAUGUAAGGAACAACAACUUAAAUGAUACAUUUCCAUAUUGGUUAGGAAAUUUGGAUCUACAAGUUCUUAUCUUGUGUCACAAUAGAUUCUAUGGUCACAUUGACAACUUUGAAGGUAGAUUUUCCUUCUCUCAUCUGAGAAUAGUUGAUCUCUCAUACAAUGAUUUCAAUGGCCUUUUGUCAAUGAAAUUUUUUGAAAAUCUGCAUGCUAUAAGAAAUGGAAGUGAAAACAAAGGUGACUCAAAUUACAUGAUGUAUAUUGGGUCUGAUCAAGUUGAAUAUUUUUAUCAUUUUUUAUAUAUUACAACAAAAGGGUUGGAUAUGGAGUUUCCCAAUAUCUUAAAGAUUUUGACAGUUAUUGACUUUUCCAAUAAUCGAUUUCAUGGACAGAUUCCCGAAAUACUUGGGGAACUUCAUUCACUUGUAGUUCUCAACCUUUCUCACAAUAGUUUAACUGGCCCUAUCCCAUCAUUGUUAGGGAAUUUGCCAGUACUUGAAUCAUUAGAUCUCUCAUCGAACAAGCUUGAAGGAAAAAUCCCUUCACAUUUAGUAAAUCUUAUAUUCUUAGAGGUAUUAAACCUUUCUUGGAAUAAUCUCAUGGGACUCAUUCCUCAAGGCAAUCAAUUUGAUACUUUCACAAAUGAUUCCUACAUGGGAAACUUGGGUUUAUGUGGAUUUCCUUUGUCAAAGGAAUGUAGUAAUGAGCAGAAUUUGGAACCACAACCAACAAAGUCUGAUGAAGAUGGUGAUGCUGUGAAUUGGAAAUUUUCUAUAUUGAUGGGAUAUGGAUGUGGGCUGGUUUGUGGAUUGAGCAUGGGAUACAUUGUGUUCACAACUGGAAAACCAUGGUGGUUGGUUAAGGUCUUUGAGAGAGGUCAACAAAAAUAUGAUAUUAGAAGGAAAAUCUCCAGAAGUGGAGGAAGCUAAUGCUCUUCGGUCAGUUAUGUGUCAUCUUCCAAAGUUAAUUUCUUCCCGAUCAGUUUCACAAAAUGCAAGUUGAAGCUACCAAGUUUAUCAGAUGAAAGAGUUGUAGGCUAUGUAAAGCAAGAUGCAAAGUGCAGUUAUAGCACAAUUGUCCAUGCUAGUCAUUAUCAAAAACUUGGUGGUGUUCAAUAAAAUGUAACAUUGAUCUUUGAGCACUCCAACAAAAUUGUAAGAUUGAUGUGUGUGUAAUAUUAUCAAAAUCAUAAGUGUUUGGUGUGUUAAUGUGCAUUAAAAUGUUUAUGUGUAUGAAUAUAUGAGUGAUAAAGCUGUUGCUUUGAUUCAUCAUAUUAUUAAGCACAAAACAGAAAAUAAUCACAUG